ACAUCUCUCCCAUUCCCAACAUCGAUUCUCCAAUAAUAAUUUAUCUCACUGUAAAACACUUGACCGUAUAAAUCAAAACCCAAUUCCCCUUCUCCAUCGGAAUUUACAAUAAAAGUGUUAGUUCAAUCGGAGCCAUGGCUGUGAGGGAUUUGCUUUUGUUUGUGGCAGUAACUGUAAUUUCUUCAUCACUAAUGGCGCUGACGGCGCGUGGGAAUUCCGAAGGCGACGCGCUUUACGUGCUGCGACGGACCCUGUCGGACCCGGAUAACGUGCUUCAGAGCUGGGAUCCGAACCUCGUUAACCCUUGCACCUGGUUUCACGUUACCUGCAACCAAGACAGCCAAGUCACUCGCCUGGACCUUGGCAACUCAAAUUUGUCUGGUCAUCUGGUACCCGAACUUGGAAAACUCGAACAUCUGCAGUAUCUGGAACUUUACAAAAAUAACAUUCAAGGGAAAAUUCCAGCUGAGCUUGGUAACUUGAAGAACUUAAUAAGUUUGGAUCUGUACAACAACAAUAUCUCGGGAACAAUCCCUCCUUCAUUGGGAAAUUUGAAAUCUCUCGUCUUCUUGCGUCUUAAUGACAAUAAGCUGACCGGGCCAAUUCCAAGGACACUUGUUGGUAUUUCAAGCUUGAAAGUUGUUGAUGUCUCAAAUAACAAUUUGUGUGGUCCAAUCCCUACAACCGGUCCAUUUGAGCACAUCCCAUUGGAGAACUUUGAAAACAAUCCUCGUCUGGAGGGACCUGAGUUGCAAGGACUCGCCGGUUAUGAUACAAACUGCUCGUAAGAAAACUGUGAAUAGAUGCAGAAAUUUGCACCUAUUUCAUGUUGUUCUAAACGGUGUGUUUCUUCUUAUAUAUUAAGUCACAUGUUGUACCUUAAGACGCAUAUUGUAUGAAUAAUUGUCACUGUAGGUUGUUAUUUACUAUUAAUCGUGAUUAUUUAUGGAAAAAUUUUCAUGCUGCCCUCAUCAGAUACUGUAAUUUCCAUUUCCAUGUGCUAUAUAUUUUAUAUUUUUCUUCA